AUGGAUUUUAAUGAAUGUUUCAUUCAUCCAAAGUCAUUCUCUUUAGACCCUAACAUUUAUACAGAACUUGUAGAACAUUAUACAAACGAGGCUUUAUGUUUUCCUGUUAAAGUUAUGGAUUGGAUUCCUAUGGACGGUUCAUUCUCAAAGAAUACAGAUAGUUCAAGUGCAACAUUUACAGCAGCUUAUACGCCUAUUAAUGUUAAAAGUAUUUGGGCACUAUUUAGAAAGAAAGACAACUAUUAUGUUAAUUUUGAGAACCCUAAGUUUAAAUAUCUUCAGCUUUCCAUGGGAGCUUAUGGAAAUAUGCCUGCAGAACCUGAAAAAUCAUAUGGACCUGUAUUUUAUGAAAUGGUUGCGAACGCCUGCAAUACAAACAAUGAUAUGAUAGGAUUUAAUGAAGAUGUUAUGAGAUCAUUGGUGGAUGAUGGUAGUGUGGAACAUAAAUGGGAUAGCUAUGACAACACACAUUUCUUAUGUGGUUUUCCAACAGAAGUGGACUUUUGCUUCCAGCAAGGUCAAACAUCUACUGCUCCAAUAACAUACAAAUUGUCUGUUAAAGGACCUAUUGAACUAGCAACUGAAAAUGUACCAAAGCCACUUAUUGGAUUUAUGAGGGAUUGUUGCUUUGCCAUUCAGGUGCGUGCUAAUGGCAUCCCCAUAAUAAGAUUAGAUGACUAUAACUUAGCUACGGACGACAGUGAGGAAUAA